AUGCAAUGUCCGCGGGUGAAGCGGGUUCUUUUUCUGCUACAUUCUGUUUUGUUUUUGGCAGCAAGCCAUGUCGAGUUCUCUCUGCCUGGCAGCCUCCUCUCUCCAUAUGCAGAACCAGGUCAGUAUGUCACAGUUGUUACAACUAGGCUAUAAUAACUGCAACAAUGUUGCGAUUUUACUGUCGCAAUUUCACUUGCAUGCAUAAUUCAAUGCAACAGCACAAAACGUAGUUUAUAGCCAUUGCAAGUUUAAAGCAUGAAUUAGCGCAUAUUUUUUGCCAAGUGGCAGUCUGUUUUUUAUCAAUUAUCUUUAUUAAUUGAAUUCUCGUUAAAUUACCGUGUAGGCUAUUGAUAAUUCCACUGUAGUUCAUUUUCCUUUUUAUCCUCAGGUCGCUUUCUCCAGUCUCAGUCAGAUGUGUCCGUGGUCCAUCCAGUCAAAGUUUUCAGAGAUGGACAGUUUCUCUCCCACUCUCUGGCACACCGCUUUGAGCACGGGCGGCAUAAGCGAGACUUGGGGCCUUUGGAGGGACGCGUUUAUUAUAAGGUGAACUAUAAGGGUCGCGAUUUGGUUUUCAAUCUAACAGUCAACAACUAUUUGGUGUCGAACGAUUAUAUUCUAGAGAGACGAAAUGGGAGUGUGAACCGGACUGAGCACCAUACCACAGGAGAGAACGCGUGCCACCUGAUCGGCACCGUGACGGAUUCUACUAAUGCGCGAGGGACAGCCGCAAUCAGCACAUGUGAAAGCUUG